ACCCAUAAUUCCCCGCGCCAAGACAAGAUGGAAGAAAGCAGCCACCGCCGGAGAACAAUGUUUUGGCAAUAAAACCCCAAAAGCGGCGAAUACGGAGAGAAAAUAGGCACAUUUGAAACCAUCUGCGGUCAUGUGUAGGUAAGCGUGAAACUAGAUUGGAUUUUGUUUGUUGUAAAUGAUUGGGUUUUGUCGAGAUUUGAGCGACGGGAUUGUCUGGCUCGGCGCAAUCGGAGACGCAUUCGGACCCAGGAUCAUUGUUUCUGUUGCAUGGGCCGUAAUGCGGGUUUUCUGUCGGGGGAGCUAGCGGCUAACCAGCUAGCUCAUGGCAGCUUGAUUGUUAUAAACACAACUGCCUUUACGCGUAGAGUUUGAUUCAGCACAGUCAUCGGAUCUGUAGUUUGCAUGUACCGCUUUGGCUGAAUGAUGUUUUGGUAGCUAAAUCGGUAAGAGCUCCCCGGUUGUAAUUACAGACAAACAAUAAAUGGAGCGCGAGCCUUCUCUGAGCCAGACAGAUUUGAUCGCACGAGCGUCAUCAAAGCUAGGAAACGGGAGGAUGAGCGUUUGUGCCUUUUUAAUUUUUGGUAUCUUCUGGAAUCAUUUAUUUCUUUUUGUAUGUGUCGCAUUUUGGCUAACAGAUGACUCCUGUCGCAGUUAAACCCCUUUCAUGAACAUUAGAAACGUUAACACCAUCAAAUCAUGGACUCGAUUAGCAUUAGCUAGCUCGAUAGCAACUCUAACGUUAAGUAACAUGCUAAACGGUGCGGUACGUCGCUAAUGAUCGGAUUAUAUCUAAAAUAUAUGCACCGUAUGUGGUCUUAUUACGCAUCACAAAACUGUGAUUUAAUUUUUACUUUUUUAAAGUUCGGCGAUAGUUUGUUAGACGUCGGAGCUGACUGUUUUGAUUGAGGACGCAAAGGUGCGUUGAUUGUGUCCCAUUGUGGCUAACCGGUUAGCCGACUAUGCUAACAAGCUGGCUAACUACUCUGCAUCACAAAAGCUCACUGUUGGAUUCAGUGUCGCGGAGCCAAAUGGUCGACUAAACAAUAAAUUCUCACUUCAGUCGUGCUAUCGUCCUCGUUUCUUUACACAUUGGACUCGACUAAGCUUGACUGCAAUGGCUGAAAUGCCCGGCGAGAGUUAAUCUAAAUGUCUGUUUUAGAUAAGUGAAACGAACCGACUAAUUCGCUAAUUUUGCGACCAUUAAUACCCCAGCUUUUGCGUUCAUGUUGGUCGUGAACAACCCAUGGCAUUUGAUGUUCUCCAACAUAGGAAAAACAACAGGAAUAUCAUUCUUUGAGAAAUCAAGCCAACUUCUACACGGAUUUUAUUUUGGCCACAAUCCAAGUCACAUGUGUUGCUAAAUGUCGUAAGUGGAACAAUGCGAGAUGUAGAUCAUAUAUUGUGCUGGCUCCUAUUUCUGUCUGAUUUCGUUCAAAACCCGAGCGCGUGUCCAACAUUAUUGUUAAGAUUUUUUUCUGGACUUCGAUCCAAGUAGUCAUUAUAUUUUCAUUUUAGUUGUAAUUGGGGAAGAAAUAUAACAGUGGAUGAUUAGAUUUUACGAUCAGUAUGUUCAUUCAGUCAAGAGUUUCUGUGUUGUAUUGUCUUCACACCUAUAGUUAUGAUAAUCAAAAAGUAUGAUUUACUAAAUGCAUCUAUUUCACAUCACUGCUAAAUAUGCCAACAGGGCUUUUGUACUUCUUAAAGAAGCACCAGGCUAUUUGUUUUCUUUUUUUAGAGGUUUGUCCCGUCUGCUUUUUACCAGGUUAAAUAUAAUUUUUCUGAGUACAGAUUGAGCUUUCCAGAUGCUGUGACCAGUGUUAUGUUAGGUAAAGCCUUAUAAAUCCAAUUAGGUAGUUAAUGGUCAACUGACAGGAAAUUCAGGGAACAUUGUAGUGCACACAGUACACAGUUAAGACAACGUGGCUGUGACUGAAUUUCCUUAAGACUUGAAAAGGAAAAAGACGUAGAAAUGAAGACAAAAUGUCACAGGUGUUGUGGAUACUAAUGUUUUUGUCUGGAAUCAUCAAUACUUAACAAUACUUUUUAUCAACCUUCUCUUUCAGGAUACUUUUCUCCUGCAUCCCUCUUUAGAUUAAUUGCCCUCCUUCUUCCCUGCAAAAGCAAAAGAACUACCAUGAGUAUUAUCCAAGACAAAUUAGGCAAUGAGUUUUUGCGCAGUGGUGGUAUGGACCCCAAUUUUGCACCAGGUAUGCUUAUGUUUAGCCACCUGCCCCCCGUUACCAGCUUUACACGGCUGGCCUCCCAGUCAGUUAUGGGUGAGCUUCCCCAGGAAAUGAUCCUGAAGAAGGAACGUGACACGCCCCCAGAAAACCAGGGCGCCACAACUGCAAACACAGGAGGCUUUCUCCAUAGCAUGGGCAUUAAGCAGGAGAGGCUGAGUGAGCUGGAUUACCGCAUGCCCCUCUACAGCGGCGGUGGUGGAGGAGUAGGGGUAAACUGUGUUGGAGGGGGCGCGGGGAAGAGUGGCACUGACAUGCAGGACAUGUCUUUCGGCAACCACCACCAAAAUCAUCAGAACAUGCUGCUCCAUGACUUAAGCCUCAGCAAUGUUCGCUCCCUUGGAGAGCAGGUAAGAUAGAGUUGUCAUAUUAAGUCUUCUUUCAAGUGGUUGUUUAAUGUUUCGUCAAGUUGUGUUCAUUUUUCAGCUUCCCUCUUGACUAUAUUAGCAUGAAUUGUAAAAUUAAGGCUUUUGUUGAUAAAUCAUAGUGAUUGUGGCCACCAUUUGCUGUUUAAAGACUCUGGUAUGUUGUGCUUGUAUUCUGUUCUUAGAUGCCUGGAAGAACUUGUAAAGAGCCAAAAGAGUCCUCAGGUAGAAGAGGGCGAAGGAGCAAUGGGGACGGGCAGGGCGGGAAAGUGAGGAGGAAACGCAAUGACACUGCAAAGGUAAGUAGCUUAUUAUUUUCUUUUUCCCCAUCACAAAUGAGUAAAAUGUGUUUCCCUAAAAUAAAAUUACACCAGAUAAUUAAACUAAACUAAUUAAAGCUGUGUGUAUGUGCAACAAAAGUCAACUUUAUUUACCUGCAGAUAUAUACCCUGUGUUAAUGCAUGUUUUUUUUGUUUUUUUUCUAUAGGCCAUGAUGUUGGAUGCAGAAGGAGCCUGCCUGUCUCCCAACUCAAAACCACAUAUCUGUGAGCACUGUAACGCUGCCUUCCGCAGCUCCUACCACUUGCGCAGACAUGUGCUCAUACACACAGGUGAGAGACUUUCACUGCUUAUCAGUGCUUUUAUUAAAUAAAUGGAAAGUUAACACAGAUAAGCUACAUCCAUCACCAGUUUAUGUAUUGUCUGUGUUAAAUGACUAUACAUUAUCAAAUACACAACUGAAGAUCCUUCGUUUGCCAUCAUGAAUAAAAAUACAUUAAUACCAGAUAGAAACUGAAUUGCACUCCAUAGCUCUGUGCUUUUAAUUGUCCCUUUCGCUGUGAAAGCUUGAGGCCUUCCUUCAAUCCAGACAGCUGCUGAUGACUCAGUGAUUACUCAUAUACUUCUGGACAUUUUAGUCACUCUCUUUGCUGGGAAUUCCUUGCUUGGCUCUUUAAACUUGGGCUUAUGAAUAAUAUGAAGGGGAAAAUCUUUCCUUUUUUUCUCUUUGACCUGUUUUUAAUCAUCACCUUUUCUCUUAUCCUUUUUUUAAAAUAGCCUCCAUCUUGUAAUGCAGUUCCUUAAAACACAUAUGGUUAUAUAUUACAAUUAAACACUAUUUAAAAUAAUUACAGGUUAUUCUGUAGACAGAGGAGUGCUGUAUAUGACGGUCAUGUUGAAGUUGGGGGGUGGGGGGGGGGUUCAGAAUGCUCUAAAAGAUGUCUUAAUAAAAUUCAAAUAUUUAUAAAUAAAAGAAAUCACAAUUGCAGACCGUGAUUAGCCCGGAGGUAAAAUAAAGUACAGACGGAUAUCAACAACAAGAAAUGUGAAUCAUCUUGUAAAAUUACACUUAACAGUUGAGGACAGACAGUUGCACAAGCGUGUACAGGUACCUGGCCUCAACAUAACCGAUGGAUUUUGAAAAUCUAACCAGAAUCCCGAUACUUAUGACAGUUUGGUAGUGAUGUAUUUUAAGAGUGAGUAUUUAGUUAUUGAGGAAACCUAUACUAUAACUUCACACAAGGCUCCAUAUUUCUGAUUUGAAUGUACGUGAUCGGCUCCUCCUUUUGAUUUUAUCCUUCAAAAUACCAUACAGGCUAACUGUAGACUGAAAUAAUGACUUUCUUUCUCAUAAACUUAUAAAUUUAAUCUCAUAAUGUCAUGACUGUGUUCAAUUCAUAAUUGCACAUUAAUUCUCAAAAUCUCAAAUACCUCCCUAUGAUGUGGCCGCAAUACCUCUUGAAUAGAUAUUCCAGCGAAGGUUUAAGUCAUGGUCAAACACACCGUAACACCUAGUAAGACCCUUCCUCGAGAGAGGAAUUUUGCCCACCGCUAGCUUUUCUAGUUCCACCAACUUCAGCAAAGACCACACGAUAGCAACACACAGCAGUGUUAUGUCUCCACCACAACUGCAAACAAAAAAAAACACAAAUAAUGCUCAGAGCAGCACCUAACUUCAUUAACAGUACAUAUAAGGUCCCAGCCAUAGUACUAGCCAUCAAACAUCUUUUAAGCUUUGCCUGGUUUCUCUAGCAAAGAGCCUAAACACAACUCACCCACUCUCCUCCAGCAGCUGCUUGUUUGUGGGGGAGCCCUGACAAGUCAAUCACAGAGUGCAGCAGAGUUUCGCAGCUCAAGGAAGAAAAUUUAUGACUAAUACUUGAUGGAAAUGCAAUCAGAGUUUUUGUGUAUCUUGUAUGUGCUCUGCAGAUGCAGUAGUUCCUCUGCCUUAGCAUCUCGGUCUGAUAGCAUUUCCAUGAAAAAAUAAUUUUAUUCUUACCGAAAGGAUUGGCUAUGCUGUGCCACAAGUUUGUGUGUGUCUUGACUACAUGGUAACAGAGCUGUGUGAAAGCGGGCAUUAAUUAAUGUGAUGUGUGGACGGUUGUACUCUUGAUCGCACAGGUGAGAGGCCUUUUCGGUGCAGUCAGUGUAACAUGAGCUUCAUUCAGAAGUACCUGCUCCAGCGGCACGAAAAGAUCCACAGUGGUGAGUUUCUGCAUUUGGAUAAGAACUGUGAUAAACUGUCAUAUAUUGGAGUGAAUGUCACUCAGAGAAUGAGUGUCUUGACAAGCCCUCACACGGUCUCAUCCUUCAUUCACAGGAGAGAAACCUUUUAGCUGUGACCAGUGUAACAUGCGUUUUAUACAGAAGUACCAUAUGGAGCGGCACAAAAGGACACACAGUGGCGAGAAGCCCUAUCGCUGUGAUACCUGCCAACAAGUAGGCUUUCUGUUUACUCUGUUCUAAAUAGCUUACCUCUGUCUUUUGAUCUUGUGUUGUCUGUGUAAAUGUUGAAGGCACUUUCAAUAACCUUUUUUUGAAUAGUGUCUCCUAGUAGUCAUGUCAUCAUUACAUUAGGUCCAUUUUGAAUUUCAGCUUUCUCUAGUUCUCACUCUCAAAUCCCUGAAGCCUUGUGUCAAUAGGAUUAGUUGUGUCAGAAAAGGUGAAGGUGUUGAAUGUUCCUCUUGUGAUUCAGUGAUUUAACAAACUGCUGUAGCUGUGCUGUGGAUUCAAAAGAAGAAUUCAGUGUAAACUAAGCCUCUGUUUCUUCUAUCCCCUUCUGUUACCCCUCUGUCAUCUCCUAGUUUUUCUCAAGAACAGACCGGUUACUGAAGCACAAACGUACUUGUGGAGAAGCCAUAAAGAAGGGCCUGGAUCCAAGCAUGCUGGAGCUCAGCGAGGCAGAGCUAGGCCAUGGCAGCUAUUCACUCACUCAGGGAAACUCUACCACCUCCGGACGCAAAAGGGCCAAGUCCAAAAAUGGCGAGGGUGGCGAGCGCAAGAGGAAGAAGAAUUCCUCAGCAUCAAUGGCAGCAGCUUCAGCCUCUGGGGGGAUGGCCCGUGACCUGGGCUUGCAGGACUUCAGCAUGGAGCACCCCUCAGGCUCAGGCCCUGCCAUGCAGGGACGCACCCCCAAAUUGGUCUUUAAAAAAGCUGGACGCAAAGGCUUGGACAAGGGCCUUCUCUCUCUCGAAGAUGGUGCAGAUGGACAGAAACAGUUGGGCCAGAAGUCUGGCGCCAUGGAUCAUGUGGAAGGCCCUGGCCUUGAUAACAUGGGUCUGCUUCAGGGGGCCGGGGGUAACAAGCAGGGGCCCACUACCACCAGCAACUAUGAUGAUGCAAUGCAGUUUGUGAAAAAGCGGCGCUACCUCCAUGCUGUUAACAAUGACUAUGGAGCUGGCCCGCUACACAUGGCGUCCCAGGGCAGUAGUGUAAUCCAGGGCUCCCUAGGGCCCGAACCAACACUAGCCAUGCUGGACUCCUCUCCUCUGGAACUCAAGCAUGACAAGUCAGGCAUUCCAGAUGAGGUUCUGCAGAGCCUGCUAGACCAUUAUAGCCAUAAACCAGAGGGGUCACAUCACCAUGAUGUGACUUUCGACCUGUCAGAUCACCCACAUCAUGUAGACCUGCAGCCGGCAGCUCCCGUGACCCCUGAGCUGGAAGAUGACUCACCCAAUGGUGGGGACAAGACUGCGGUGAUGAGCGAGUACUCAAAGUUUCUCCUGCAAGCCCUGGAGCGCACCAGCCAUAGUGGGCCCUUCCCAAGCCUUGGUCCGACGGGACCUUUCCCUCUCCUGUCAAGUAGCUCCAGCCCAACAGGGCCCCUGUUUUCUGACAAACACAUAUACACCACAUCCCCGCUGGAUUGUGGCUACCCACCUGCUGUCUCCUCCCCACUCCCCAUCGUCACCCCUUCGUCCACCUCCUCUUCAUCCUCAUCCAAGUCCCAUUACGGCAUGCUUGUCGGCUCCCCCUCCCAGGCAGGCUACCACCUCAGCCUGGAAUCUACAAGCCACCAGCAGCUGACCCCAUCUCAGGAGCUGACCGAGCAGCUGGAGAAGCAGCACUCUCCCGGCGCCUUCACUCUACCUCCCCAAGACCUGACUGCCCAGGCAGAGGGCUCCAAGGGGCAGCAGCCCAAAGCCGGAGGGAGCGCUGCACCCACCAACGGCUCCAGCUACCCAGACCUGUCCCCUCUGAACCCACCUAAAGAAACCACGUAUCAGAUCGAGAACUUCGCCCAGGCCUUUGGCUCUCAGUUCAAGUCUGGGCGGCAGACCCCUCUGAGCUACGGCAGUGAUCCUGGGACAGAGGUUGACCAUAGAAUAAGGACUCCAGUGUCAGAAUUCUCAGGGUAUACCAGUUUGUUAGCUGACGUCAGUGAGCCAGUGAGUACAGGAUCAAAAACCCCGACAAGCCAAAGUUUCAGAUAAGGGUCAAACGAGGUGAAUCCAGUGGGGGCUGUUCUGUUACUGUCCAUGCGGUCCCUACACCCAUCCUGAUUUUGUUCUUGUAGCAAAGUUUUUUUAAACACUGCCAUUAAUGUUGAUACAAAAAUGACCAGGGAGGGUCUUCCAUGGCCUCAAAUGCAAUUUUUUAAAUAUUCUCAUUUUUAUUAUGUAUUUAGUCGCUCAAAUUUUGUUUACGAGUAGUGUGUUUGAUAUGAACGUACCGUAGAUUUAAAUGUAAUUUAAAACAUUUAGAGGGUAGCUAUCAACUUGCUUGAUUUUUUUUUUCCUUUCUCUGAACUAUUGUGUUUUACCAAUCAUCAUACCAUUGUAAAGUAAUAAUGAAUAAUGUUGAUGAUUUCAAUAAUAAUAACAUUGUGGCAGGGAAAGGCCCAGAAUUCAAAUGGCAAAAAAGUAUAUAUUGUCUGUUACAAGAAACGUAUUAACUCAGGAAAAAUAGGCAAAAUUGUGUAAUAAGUCUUUGUAUUAUGAGAUGCAAUUAGCACAGUUUUACAGGUGUACUUUGAAACUACAAAGCUUUGAUUUUGUUAUUGUGUUUUAUUUCUUUUAAACUCGUCAGUACUACAAAUUUCAAUACAUGAUCAUGUUUGGUUUCCACUUCGUGUAGUUUGGUUGAGAUUAUGGUACUGUUGUGUCAAUGUGAGGACAUCCACAUUUCCUACACGAAAGAAUAAAAUUGUGGUGGAGUUUAGGCCAUAACAUGCAACAUUACAUUGUGAAGGUGUGGUAACGCGACUGACUGUUCAUUUGCAGGUCUUAGUCGGUGUCAGUUGAAGAUGCCCGUCUAACCACCAGUGGCCAGUAAAACGACACAGCUGAAAUUAAUUUAAAUCUCAUUGCUGUUACAGCUUUCUGUAAAGGAAACUUUUGGACUUUUUUUUUUUUUUUUUUUUUUUUUUUUUACAUCAUUCUAUUGCCGAAGUGAUUCAUUUCGUUUUAAAGAAGCACCACUUUUCUACUCCACGCCUUGCUGUUCCUUUUUUAUGUCGGUAGAAUCAAACAAGCACUUUUUAAAUCAAAUCAACAUUGUUAACAGCAACAACAACCCAUUCAAUUUGCAUAUGUGAUCCGUGAAUAUUAUGCUUAUGGUUAUUAUGGAUAUUAUUUUAAGAGGAGAAAACUGUGAAAAGGGUUUGGUUGGUUGGGAGGAAGGGAGGGGAGGGGAGGGAGGGGUGAAUAGAUGGGUAGUGAGCGGGAGGGUGGGAGGACGGGCAGGGCUGGAUUGUUGUUGAAUAGGCUUUGGAAGGGGUUGACUAGGCAUGACCAUGGGCAUCUAAAUGUAAUUUGUCGCUUAUUCUUAAUGGUAAAGGAGAGAGGGAGGGGUGGGGUCAGGGUUUUUUUAUGAUUUUUUUUUUUUGGUCUGUUGAUGUAAAAAGAUGAUUUGCCAUAAUUUUGUUAUACAAUAUUUUGAGAGUACCUCUUUGUAUUUAAGUGUUUUGAGAGAUGGGCUGACAUGCUGGAACCCUUAUCUGUAGACCCCAUUGGGUAUGUUGGGUGCAUACCUAAACCCUUUUAUUUAUUCCCCACUAGACACAACAGAACUCUGUAGCUACAUUUUUUGGCAAGUAAUCACCGGACCUACACCCCUAUCCCCUCCCUCUACUUAAUGAUUUUUUUUAACCCUGCUGUUAGUAAAGUUGCAAGAAACUGCUUCAAUUAUACAGUCAAAUAACAGAAUCCAAGUCUAGUUAAACUCAGAUCACCUUCCCAAAAUGCAGCCCUGCACUCAAAAAAAUAAACAAUGGCCUUCUUUGUCUUCCGUGGCUAAAGCCAUUCUAUCCUGGCUGCCAGGGUUGAUUUUUAAUUUAGUUGAUUUCCUGUGAGCCAACCCCCGACCCCUCCACUUUCCUUUUCCUAUGUCUGUGAGCUCCACAGCCAAGAGACUUUGAAGCUGCUCAGAUCACAGGGAACAAAGACUGACUGACCAGCCACCUCACUCCAAACACACACUAUGCUUUUAAAGGAGAGAAAACAAGCGGGUGAGAGAUGUUAGAAGAAAAAAAAGACAAUAAGAUUGACCUAAAUAUACCUCAUAUCACUAAAGCAUAAGAAAGCAGGGACAUGCGUUUCAUGUAUGUAGUGGAAAUAUUUGUAGUAUAGGUUUCGACAUAAUGUAUAAUCAUUUAACACUGCCUGUGUUUACAAUUAUAGAGCAAGUGACUCGUCAAAAUGCAAAUGUAUUUCUUUUCUGUACAAAACAUCCACGCCAAGCAGUGUUGCAUUCUAGAUGCCUCAUAGAACAUUCAUUUUUCUCAUGUUAUAUCCCUUAUUUUUGUUACUUGCCAUAAUGUGUUUUGAUAUGAUCUCUAGAAGGACAUUGUUUACAAAAAUGUACAAAAACACUAAAAAUGUGUGUUCUCAAUUUUUUUUUUUUUUUUUUUGUUGAAAAUUUCUCCAGUAUGCAUGAUAAAGACAUUUUUGUAUGGCUUUUUUUUCUGACUGUCAACUCAAUACCAAAUUUUGUAGCAGAAGCCUCCCCAAUCCUUUGUCUUAUUUGUUAUAGACCCCUUGUGAUAUGAUUUCCCAGGCUGUACCUGUUAUUGAGAUGAUGAAAGGAUUAGAGAAGCCAAUAAAAACUUUUUGUUACAAAAA